AUGGCGACUGCUGUUCAGAACGAUGCUGGGCAAAUCCCGACCUCUGCAACAAAUCUUGACCAUGCGACAGAUUCAAGAGUCAAUUCAGAUACAGAAAAAAACGAGGAUUCACUCCAACAACAACCGCAACCUCCGGCUGGACCUCCUGAUGGCGGCUUCUUUGCGUGGCUGCAAGUCGCUGGCAGCUUCUUCCUCUACUUCAACUCAUGGGGCGUCCUAAGUGCCUUUGGUGUCUUUCAAACCAUCUAUGCACGUGGCGAUCUCUUUGUCGCGUCGCCGUCCAACAUUUCGUGGAUUGGCGCUAUCCAAUACAGCGUGGCUAUGAUGGCUGGUCUUGUAGCAGGACCCAUCUACGACCGCGGACACAUGAGACCGUUGCUGGUAAUUGGUGCCUUUGGUGUUGUGUUUGGCCAUAUGAUGUUGAGCUUGUGUUCGACAUUCCCUCAGGUACUCCUUGCGGAAGGCUUUUGCAUCGGCAUCGGCGCUGGCUGUUUGUUUGUAUGUGCCAUAUCGGUCCUCCCUGGAUAUUUUUCCUCCAAGCUCGGCUUGGCAAUCGGCAUAGCAGCAUCCGGAUCAGCAUUUGGCGCCAUUGUGUACUCUAUUGCUGUGUUGCAUCUUCUCAAGCACAUGUCGUUUGCUUGGGCGGUGCGUGUCACAGGCUUCAUUGUUCUUGCCACACUGAUACUUCCCCUUAUUGUCAUGAAGCAACGCGCAAGACCGGCAAAGCUGCGACAGUUCUUCGACCCGACUGCCUUCCGCGAUGUGCGAUAUCUCGUCUUUGUGGUCGGCACGUUCUUUGCCUCCUCAGCGCUCUCCACCAUCAACUCGUACAUCUCGUACUUUGACAGCGACAAUCAUUUUACCAGCGCCGAUAUGGCCUUUUAUGUUGUGGCUAUUCUCAACGCAACAUCUAUGUUUGGCCGAAUCAUACCAAACUUUGUCUCGGACCGCAUCGGGCCGUUCAACGUCAUUGCGCCAUGUAGCGCUGCCACCGCUAUUGCUUGCUUUUGCGCCAUUGCCGUCAACUCACAAGCUGGAAUGAUCAUUGUCACCCUUGUACUGGGAUUCUUCAGUGCUUCAUUUAUUAGCAUGCCACCGGUAUGUUUUGCCAGUUUGACAGAAAACAAGGCUCUUAUUGGCACUCGCAUGGGAAUGGGUUAUUCGUUGGCAGGACUUGGUUAUCUCGCUGGAGCUCCGGCGGCUGGAAGCGUGCUGGGAGCUGUAGCACCAUUGAAAUGGAACAUGCUCUGGGUGUAUGGAGGAGUCAUGUCCAUGGCGGCCGGGUUGACCUUUGCUGGUAUCCGCAUCUCUAGAACAGGCUUCAAGUCAAUUGCCAAAGCUUGA